AUGGUAUACUUAAUUGCAGAACAGCUUUAGUAAUUUUAUAAAUGUAAGCGAUUUUGGUCAACUACCAUGUGUUUUACAGGCUUGUUAUAUCUUUUCAUUUUAGUAGUGCCUUUCUUUUUAGCAUUUGUUGUAGAUGAUUUUUGGCUUGGUCAUAAAGUUUCUUUUGAGGAACCUUAAAUAAAUUUUUAAGGUGACCAUUUGUUGUAAUGCUUUAGUAAUAAUUAAGAAUAUAUAUCAACAAGCAUAGAGAUGUUGGAUAAGAUGAUAGGAACUAGUCUUGAUCAAAAAAAUUUAAUAUUUAUGUUCAAGGUAACAAGAGUUGAUAAUAAUUCAGAUGGACUAUAUGAAUUUUUUAACAUAUUCACAUAAAUUUAAUUUACAAAUGUAGCAGAUACAACAACAAAAGCAAUGGAAUGUUCAAUUUACUUCUUCACAACUGUUAGUUUAAGAGAUAAGGUUAGUAUUUAAAUGUAAGCUCCGUUACACAUAAGACUUAGUAGAAGUAAUACAAAUAAUUAAAAAAUUCAUAUAGUCGGAGACAUAUAAUUUGUUUAAAAGAAUCCUUUAUAAGCCUCAUAAAUAAUAAGAAACAAUUAUAACUACACUGUACCUAUUUUGCCUCCGAAUUAAGAUUAUAUGGGUUUGACUGAUUUUUUAAAAGAUAUAUAAAAUCGUAAUGAGACUCUAAGAGCUAACUAUAUCUAAACCUAUGGUCCAAGCGAUACUAAUACAGACACUACUGACUUACCUAAUUAAUUAACAGCUAACAUUUUCUUGAAGGUUCCUGUACUUACUCCAAUUUUAUAUGUUCCUACUUUAAGAGAAAAUCUAAAACUGGUGUUUUAAUACUACGUCUUCUUAUUUAUUCCUAUUUACUGGUUGAUCAGUAUAAUUAUUAGCUUCUCUCUUAAAAACAAUAUAUUUAAGAAUACAAUAUCAAAUAAUUUGCCUCUCAAAGAAUAAAACGAAUUAAAAUGA